UACCGUCCAGCCAGUUUUCCGUCUCUCCUUCCCAUUGCAGAGUCCGCUUCCUCUCUCUCUCUCUCUCCACUGUUUCCUUCUGUUCGUCGGCGACUCGAUUGGACGAUCCAGCUUCUUGUACCGAUGACUAUGAUGACUCCUCCCCCGUUGGAUCAAGAAGACGAGGAGAUGCUUGUGCCGCAUUCUGAUUUCGUUGAAGGUCCUCAGCCCAUGGAAGUAGCUCAAGCCGAAACAGUGAGCACAGCAGAAAAUCAGCCAGUGGAGGAUCCUCAAACUUAUAGAUUCACAUGGACAAUAGAGAACUUUUCUAGGUUAAACACGAAGAAGUACUAUUCUGAGACUUUCAUUGUUGGCGGUCAUAAAUGGCGAGUGCUUAUUUUUCCAAAAGGGAACAAUGUUGACCAUUUGUCAAUGUACUUGGAUGUUGCGGAUUCGCCAACAUUGCCGUAUGGGUGGAGUAGAUAUGCACAGUUCAGCUUGGCUGUCUCGAAUCAAAUUCAUAACAAGUACACAAUAAGAAAAGACACGCAGCACCAGUUUAAUGCAAGAGAGAGUGAUUGGGGUUUCACAUCAUUUAUGCCUCUAAGUGAACUUUAUGACCCUUGCAGAGGGUAUCUCGUGAAUGAUACAUGUAUAGUUGAAGCUGAGGUUGCUGUUCGGAGGGUUAUGGAUUACUGGUCAUAUGAUUCAAAAAAGGAAACUGGUUAUGUUGGACUUAAGAACCAGGGGGCUACCUGUUACAUGAAUUCUCUCCUACAGACUUUGUACCAUAUUCCUUAUUUCAGAAAGGCUGUGUACCAUAUGCCAACAACUGAGAACGAUAUGCCCUCUGGAAGCAUUCCUUUGGCUUUACAGAGUUUAUUCUAUAAGCUACAGUAUAAUGACCAUAGUGUUGCAACCAAAGAACUGACCAAGUCUUUUGGAUGGGACACAUAUGAUUCAUUCAUGCAGCAUGAUGUGCAAGAACUUAAUAGAGUUCUGUGUGAGAAGCUGGAAGAUAAGAUGAAGGGAACUGUUGUGGAGGGGACAAUACAACAGUUGUUUGAGGGGCAUCACAUGAACUACAUUGAAUGCAUCAAUGUGGACUACAAAUCAACAAGAAAGGAAUCUUUUUAUGACCUCCAGCUUGAUGUUAAAGGCUGUCGUGAUGUUUAUGCUUCCUUUGACAAGUAUGUGGAAGUUGAACGCCUUGAAGGUGAUAAUAAGUACCAUGCUGAAGAACAUGGUUUGCAGGAUGCUAAGAAGGGUGUCUUGUUUAUUGACUUCCCCCCAGUUCUUCAACUUCAGUUGAAACGGUUUGAGUAUGAUUUUAUGCGGGACACAAUGGUGAAGAUAAAUGACCGGUAUGAAUUCCCACUUCAACUUGACCUUGAUAGGGAAAAUGGCAAAUAUUUAUCACCUGAAGCAGAUAGGAGUGUUCGAAACCUUUACACACUUCACAGUGUUUUGGUCCAUAGUGGCGGGGUUCAUGGCGGGCACUAUUAUGCUUUUAUCAGGCCAACUCUCUCUGAUCAAUGGUUCAAAUUUGACGAUGAACGGGUAACAAAAGAGGAUAUGAAGAGAGCAUUAGAGGAGCAGUAUGGUGGUGAGGAAGAGUUACCUCAGCCAAAUCCUGGCUUCAAUAACACCCCAUUUAAGUUUACAAAAUACUCAAAUGCGUACAUGCUUGUGUAUAUUCGUGAAAGUGACAAGGAGAAAAUAAUUUGCAAUGUGGACGAGAAGGAUAUUGCAGAACAUCUUAGGAUAAGGUUGAAGAAAGAGCAAGAAGAGAAGGAAGACAAAAGAAGAUAUAAGGCACAGGCCCACCUUUAUACCAUUAUAAAGGUUGCUCGAAAUGAAGACCUUCUAGAACAGAUUGGAAGGGAUAUUUAUUUUGAUCUUGUGGAUCAUGACAAAGUUCGUAGUUUUCGAAUUCAGAAACAGCUGCCUUUUAACCUCUUCAAGGAGGAUGUUGCCAAAGAGUUUGGUAUACCUGUGCAGUACCAGCGUUUCUGGAUAUGGGCGAAGCGGCAAAACCAUACCUAUCGUCCAAAUCGACCCUUGACACCCCAGGAGGAAGCACAACCCGUUGGACAGUUGAGGGAGGUAUCAAAUAAAGCACACAAUGCAGAACUUAAGUUGUUCUUGGAAGUAGAACUUGGGCUGGAUUUACGGCCCAUUGCACCCCCUGACAAAACUAAAGAAGAUAUUCUGCUUUUCUUUAAGCUUUAUGAUCCUAAGAAAGAAGAGCUCCGAUAUGUAGGUCGGAUUUUUGUUAAAAGUUCUGGCAAGCCCAUAGAGAUUUUAACAAAGCUAAAUGAAAUGGCUGGCUUUGCUCCUAAUGAAGAAAUUGAACUUUAUGAGGAAAUAAAGUUUGAGCCUGGUGUCAUGUGUGAGCACCUUGAUAAGAGAACCUCAUUUCGUUUAAGUCAGAUUGAGGACGGGGACAUCAUUUGCUAUCAGAAGUCUCAUCCACUUGAGAAUGAAGAACAGUGUCGAUAUCCUGAUGUUCCUUCCUUCUUGGAAUAUGUGCAUAAUCGCCAGGUUGUUCAUUUUCGAGCUCUGGAGAAACCUAAGGAGGAUGACUUCUGUCUAGAGUUGUCAAAGCUACAUAGUUAUGAUGAUGUUGUUGAAAGAGUGGCUCACCAUCUUGGUUUAGAUGAUCCAUCAAAAAUCAGGCUUACAUCUCACAAUUGCUACUCCCAGCAACCUAAGCCCCAGCCCAUUAAAUAUCGAGGAGUUGACCAUUUGUCAGACAUGCUAGUUCACUACAAUCAGACCUCUGAUAUAUUGUAUUAUGAAGUCCUGGACAUCCCUUUGCCAGAAUUGCAAGGUCUAAAAAAUCUCAAAGUUGCUUUUCAUCAUGCUACAAAGGAUGAGGUGGUAAUUCACAAUAUUAGAUUGCCUAAGCAGAGCACUGUAGGAGAUGUCAUUAAUGAACUGAAGACGAAGGUAGAGCUGUCUCAUUCAAAUGCUGAACUUAGGCUGCUUGAAGUUUUCUAUCACAAGAUAUAUAAGAUCUUUCCACCUUAUGAAAAAAUAGAGAAUAUAAAUGAUCAAUACUGGACAUUGCGUGCAGAGGAGAUUCCAGAAGAAGAGAAAAACCUUGGUCCCCAAGAUCGCUUGAUACAUGUUUACCACUUCACAAAGGAGACUGCACAGAACCAAAUGCAAGUUCAGAACUUUGGGGAACCAUUUUUCUUGAUUAUCCAUGAAGGCGAAACUUUGGCUGAAGUUAAAGCACGUAUACAAAAGAAACUGCAAGUUCCAGAUGAGGAGUUCUCUAAGUGGAAAUUUGCAUUUUUGUCACUGGGUCGGCCAGAGUACCUGCAGGACUCUGACAUUGUGUCCAGUCGUUUUCAGAGGAGAGAUGUUUAUGGUGCUUGGGAGCAGUACCUUGGAUUGGAGCAUUCUGAUACUGCUCCUAAAAGAGCCUAUACAGUGAAUCAGAACCGUCAUGCUUUUGAGAAGCCAGUUAAGAUAUAUAACUAGAGAGAGCUGAUGAACCUUCACUGAUGCAUUUAGCUGAACCCAACAUCCCUUGUACCCCACAUGGGGGGGGGCGGGCGGCUGCCAAAUUGGGUUGAUGAAGUUGAUGGAUGGUGUGUUAGGCAACCAGAGAAGUCCGUGUUUGAAUAGUUUGUCUAGGGUGGGUUAUCGGUUUUGUAGGUUAUAUAAUUCUUUCUUUGCUGUGGGUGGGGAAGGGAGGCAUUUUCUCUUUAAGUGCUCUGCAUUGCUGUUGUCAAUACAACCCCUGCUUGAGCUCGUAGUUUCUUCGUGUCUUUAGUGGAGGCAACCCCUUGUUUGAGAGGUGGGUGGAUUUCUUUGUCCAGUUUCACUGUAAUUUAGCAGUACAUAAAGAAGAUUUUGGAUGAGUGAUAUGCAUACCAGGUAUAGUUGGCUGUCUUUGACAGAUUUUUCCGUUUUUUAUUUUUGACAAAUUAAUGAAGCAUUCCAGUUUCAUUUGAUGCUUUAGGGGGAUGGGUUUGUAUAAUGGUCGGAAACUGGCUGUGGCUGGCUCUUGUGUACAAGAAACAACUAUACUGCUUGUUAGUGCAGAUUGUUUUAUAUCUGUUUGUUACAUUUAUAUGCACAGCAGAGGGCGUGAACGCUUUUAAUUUCUAGAAA